UUAGCUACAAACAAGGCGUGCCUGGUCGCUAAGGCAACUCCCGGUGCGCAGCUCCGAUAGGUCCUGGUCUCAUUCCCGUCUUCCGUCCCAUGGCGAGUGGUUGUGUCUUAGGGGCGCGGCGGUGGAGGCGCUGAGCUAGGGAUUCCCGAGCUGACGUGGCUUAGGUCGAGCGGGGGGCGGCCGGAUUUGCCGGUGGCCGUCACCUGCAGGAAUCUGGCAUGGACUUGGAUAAUAACAUACAACAGGCUAUUCUAGAACGCCUUGCUGAUGCAGAGAAGUUAGUGGUGGAGUUAAAAGACAUCAUUAGACAGAAGGACAUCCAGCUCCAGCAGAAGGAUGAUGAUCUGCAGGAGGAACGGAAAGCUGCCGACAGCAAAAUUAAAAAGAUAAAACUUCAUACAAAAGCAAAGCUUACUGCUUUGAACAAACAUGUGGAAGAGAUGAAGGCUCAAGGAGGGGCGGCUUCGCCUACAAAACCCACGGCAGAGGAGCUGCUCUCCAAGCCUGAUAAGAAUUCUACAGAAGUGAUGAAAGUAGAAGAGAUAAAACACGAACUUCAGGAAAAGGAGAAAUUAAUUAGUAACUUGCAAGCCCAGCUUCACCAGGCACAGACAGAACAAGCCUUGAAGUUGGAUAAGAGUUCUGCAGAGAUGGAGGAGUUUGUCCUGAUGAAGCAGCAGCUUCAAGAAAAGGAAGACCUCAUUCACACUCUGCAAACCCAGCUCAGCCAGACACAGGCAGAGCAAGCGGCUCAGUUGGAUAAGAGUUCUGCAGAGAUGGAGGAGUUUGUCCUGAUGAAGCAGCAGCUUCAAGAAAAGGAAGACCUCAUUCACACUCUGCAAACCCAGCUCAGCCAGACACAGGCAGAGCAAGCGGCUCAGUUGGAUAAGAGUUCUGCAGAGAUGGAGGAGUUUGUCCUGAUGAAGCAGCAGCUUCAAGAAAAGGAAGACCUCAUUCACACUCUGCAAACCCAGCUCAGCCAGACACAGGCAGAGCAAGCGGCUCAGUUGGAUAAGAGUUCUGCAGAGAUGGAGGAGUUUGUCCUGAUGAAGCAGCAGCUUCAAGAAAAGGAAGACCUCAUUCACACUCUGCAAACCCAGCUCAGCCAGACACAGGCAGAGCAAGCGGCUCAGUUGGAUAAGAGUUCUGCAGAGAUGGAGGAGUUUGUCCUGAUGAAGCAGCAGCUUCAAGAAAAGGAAGACCUCAUUCACACUCUGCAAACCCAGCUCAGCCAGACACAGGCAGAGCAAGCGGCUCAGUUGAGUUCCAUGCAGCAGGUGGUCCGAGAGAAAGAUGCCCGCUUUGAAACGCAGGUUCGUCUCCACGAAGAUGAACUUCUUCAGUUAGUAACCCAGUCAGAUGUGGAAACAGAGAUGCAACAGAAAUUGAGGGUGAUGCAAAGGAAGCUUGAGGAACACGAAGAAGCCUUAUUGGGCCGUGCUCAGGUUGUGGAAUUUUUGCAGCGGGAGCUGACUUUGGCCGAACAGAAAAACGAGACACUCUCACAGCAGUUACAGCAGUUGGAAGCUGAAAAAAGUACUUUAAAGAAUACCAUAGAAACAGAGAGACAGGAAUCCAAGACUCUGAUGGAAAAGGUAGAACUUGAAGUGGCAGAGGGAAAAUUAUCCUUCCAUAACCUGCAGGAAGAGACGCAUCAGCUUCAGGGACAGCUGGAGCGAGCGGGCCGAGCCCAGGCUGAGCUGGAGACUCAGUACAGCGCUCUCGAGCAGAGACAUAGAGCAGAAAUGGAAGAGAAGAAUGCUUAUAUUCUGAGCCUCCAGAAGACCGAGCAAGAGCUGCAGUCCACCUGUGAUGCCCUAAAGGAGGAAAACUCAGAACUUCUCCGAAAAAAGAGUGAACAGGCUGCCGAGUUAGCUCAGGCCAUCGAGCAGCUGGAAGAUCAACUCCAGCAAAAAUCUAAAGAAAUUAGCCAAUUUGUAAACAUACCAAACUUGCAAAAACAUGAAACAGCAUCUCAGACUUCUUUACCAGAUGUUUAUAAUGAGGGCAUACAGGCAGUCACGGAGGAGAAUAUCGCCUCUUUGCAGAAGAGAGUAAUGGAGCUAGAGAAUGAAAAGGGAGCCUUGCUCCUUCGUACCGUAGAGCUGGAGGAGCUAAAAGCUGAGAAUGAAAAACUGUCUUCUCAAAUUGCUCUUCUGGAGGCUCAGAAUAGAGCAGGGGAGACUGAUGGUGCAGUCUCUGAGGUCCCUGAUGCUACUCAGUUUAACAAGAGCAAUUCUUUGACCAAAGAAAGUGAUCAGGAUGGCCCAGAGAACACAUUUUCUCAGAAACAUAAAGAACUGGCACUUUUAUUAGUGGAAAUGAAGGAAGCUCAGGAGGAAAUCACAUUUCUUAAGUCGCAGCUUCAGGACAAGAGGUCUGAUGGGGAAGUGAAGCUGAUAGAGAGUGAAGGGUCACCUUUAGUAACAGCAGGAGACAUCCCCUUCAUGCUUAGUGAAGAGGGCAGUGUCCCAGCAACUGAAAAAGAAGAACAGGCAAGCACUAAAGAUCAGCCUCCACCAUCUGAGGCAAGUUCUCCAAAUGACAACACAGUGGAUCUGAACCCCACAAAGCUGGGUGGUGUGGACAAAUCCCCCUCUGUACCAGAUCUUUGCCGGUGUCACCAGAGUGAGUUGGAAAGUUUGAAAACUCAAAUUUUAGAACUUGAGGCAAGCCUUCAUAAGGCAGAGGAGAUUUAUGAGAAAAAUUUAGAGGAGAAAGCUAAAGAAAUUAGCAGCCUAACCCAGCUUAUUGGCGAAUUUAAGAAGAACGAGGAGAAUGCCCGCAGUGUGCUCUCUACUUUAUCUGAGGAACGGGACCAGCUGCUUUCUCAGGUAAAAGAGCUUAAUGUCUUGGCUGAGCUGAGGGCUCAGGUCCGAGAGCUGGAAGGUAGCCUCGCAGAAGCAGAAAAACAAAGAGGUCUGGACUAUGAGAGCCAGAAAACACAGUACGACCUGCUCACAGAACAGAUCCACAGCCUAAGCAUAGAAGCCAAAUCUAAGGAUGUAAAGAUUGAGGCUUUACAGAGAGAACUGGAUGAUGCGCAAAUACAGUGUUCUCAACAGGAUGCACAGAUAAAAACCCUGCAAAUCCAGCUGCAGAAAAAGGAGAGUGAGGUGCUAGAGGGGGUGGAACACGUGAACAACAUCUCAGAUAAAAUGGAAGAAGUUUCACAGGCUCUGGCACAGAAAGAACUAGAACUAGCCAGAAUGGACCAGCUCUUGAUAGAGACAAAGAAAGCUGUGGAGACCCUCCAGCAAACCAUCCAGGAGAAGGACCAGCAGGUGACAGAACUUAGCUUCAGUAUGACAGAGAAAAUGGUUCAGCUUAAUGAAGAGAAGUUCUCUCUUGGGGUUGAGAUUAAGACUCUGAAGGAGCAGCUCAAUGUAUUGUCCAGAGCUGAAGAAGCUAAAACGGAGGAGGUGGGAGAAAAGCAGGGAGCUGCUUCUAAUCAUAGCCAUGAUGAGUCCAGCCCGGCGGGGAUGCAGAGUAAUGAGGGGCUUCAGCAGGAACUGGAGCUCCUGAAGAAAGAGAACGAGCUGAGGAAGAGGAAGCUCCAGGCAGCGCUUAUUCACCGAAAGCAGCUCCUGCAAAAAGUCAGUGUCCUGGAGGGGGAGUUAGCCAAGGUGAAAGAGAAAUCUGGGGAGGGUGAGAAGAGAGCACCGGAGGCAGAUGGCGAGAGCAAAGAUGGCCUGGGAAAAUGUGAAACUUCUCAGUGCCGAGAAGUAGAAGUGGAGCUAGAGCACGUAAAGAGAGAUCUGAAAGAGAAGACGGCAGCCGAACAAGAACUACAGGCUAUGGUCCAACAGAUGAUUCAGAACCUGGAAGAUAAGACAAAGCAAAUAGAUUUGCUUCAAGCAGAGAUCACUGAAAACCAAACUACUAUUCAGAAACUAACCACAGGUGCCCAAGAUGCUGGGGAUGCUGACUCGGCAGCACCUGUGAAGGGAACGCUGGUGAGCAGCCCGCCCAGUGCAGGCGGUGGGGAACACUGGAUGCCAGCCCUGGAGGGAAAGAUAUCAGACCUGGAAAAAGAAAAAGAACAACUUCAAAAGAAGCUUCAAGAAGCCUUAACUUCCCGCAAGGUGAUUCUGAAAAAAGCACAAGAGAGAGAGAAACGUCUAAAGGAAGAGCUCGGGAAACAGAAGGAUGCUUAUAGCCUCCUUCAGGAGAAGUGCGAUAAGCAAAGUAAGGAAAAUGAGAAAAUGGGGGACCAGCUUCGGCAACUCCAGAGUGAGGUGAAGGAGUCCUCGGACAGAAAACUUCCAGGCACUGACCAGUGGGAACCUGGUCUUCCCAUUCAAGGGUUAGAAGAGGUUUCCCUCGAAGACACGGAACAGCAGCCUGCCCAACUUGCCACAGAGUCUAAUUUACCGAUCACUCAGCCUUCUCACUCUGGAGAUGAAGAAGCUCUCCAGGGUACUGUUUCUAUUGCCCAAAUUAAGGCCCAGUUGAUAGAAAUGGACAUAGAGAAAGAAGGGCUAGAAUUGAAAGUGAGUGCUACAGCAAGAGAGCUGACUAAGAAAUCAGAAGAAGUAUAUCUGUUACAAGAACAGAUAAGUAAACAGCGCUUAGAAAUCCAGACUUUGAAGGCUACAUCCCAGGAUGCCGAGGCUCACGCAGAAAUCCUGCAGCAGGAAUUGGAAAGCAGCCAACUGAAACUUGCUGGCCUGGAGCAUCUGAAAAUGUUACAGCCUGAACUAGAUGAGCUGCAGAAACUCAUGUGCCAGAAGGAAGAAGAGGUCAGCUACCUUUCUGGGCAGCUUAGUGAGAAAGAACAGACCCUCACAAAAGUCCAGGCAGAGAUGAUAGAGCAGGAACAUUUAAUCAAGGCCCUGCACACACAGCUGGAAAUGCAAGCCAAGGAGAAUGAAGAGAGGCUAAAGCAGUCCCAGGUGGAGCUUUGUCAACUGAAGCAGAAGUCGGAGCAGGCUGAGGAAGAAACUAAAGCAAAGCAGCAAAUACAGAGGAAACUGCAGGCUGCCCUCAUCUCCCGCAAGGAUGCUCUGAAAGAAAACAAGACUCUGCAAGAGGAGCUGUCUUCAGCCAGAGAUGCCAUCGAACACCUGACCGAGUCUCUGGCAGAUGUGGAAAGCCAACUUUCUGUUCAAAAUAAGGAGAAAGAUGCAUUCCUGGGAAAGUUAGCCCUUCUUCAGGAAGAAAGAGACAAACUCAUCGUAGAAAUGGACAGGUCUUUACUCGAAAAUCAGAGCCUUGGUGGCUCUUGCGAAAGCCUGAAACUAGCCCUGGAGGGUCUCACCGAAGACAAGGAAAAGCUGAUGAAGGAACUUGAAUCUUUGAGGUGCUCUAAGAUGGCAGAGAUCACUGAAUGGCAGGAGAAGCACAAGGAGCUGCAGAAGGAGUAUGAAGUUCUUCUGCAGUCCUACGAGAACGUGAGCAACGAAACGGAAAGGAUUCAACAUGUGGUGGAAAGCGUGAGGCAGGAGAAGCAGGAACUCUAUGGAAAGUUACGAAGCACCGAGACCAACAAGAAGGAGAUGGAAAGGCAGCUGCAGGAUGCAGAACAGGAAAUGGAAGAAAUGAAAGAAAAGAUGAGAAAGUUUGCUAAAUGUAAACAACAGAAGAUCCUGGAGCUAGAGGAAGAAAAUGAUCGGCUCAGAGCAGAGGCCCAGCCUGUGGAAAGCCUCAAAGAAAGCACGGAAGUUCUUCUUUCUUCCAAUGCCAGCUUGAAGGAGGAACUAGAAAGGGUCAAACUAGAGUAUGAAACUCUUUCCAAGGAGUUUGAGGCUGUAAUGGCCGAGAAAGACAUUCUGAGUGAAGAGAUUCAAGGUCUGAAGCAUCAGGCAGAAGACUAUGCAUUGAAACAAGCUAGCCUAGAGGCCACUGAGAAAUACAAUAAACAAAAAGAUGUCUCUGAAGAGGAAACACAGACUAUGGUGGGCAGUUCUCAAGAGCAAGAUUCCCAGAGCAUGAGCAUUAAACUUGAAGAUCCGGAAGGUAUUCCAUCAGUGACCAGUGCCAAGCCUGGAGUUAGUGAGACCUUCGGCUCCCAUGAUAACUACCUGCAGCAACUUGAUCAGCUCAAUGGAAGAAUUGCCGAGUUAGAGAUGGAGAAACAGAGCAAUAGGGAACUUAGCCAGACAUUACUAAAUGAGAAAAAUGCUCUCCUUAGUCAAAUAUCAGCAAAGGACGGUGAAUUAAAGCUACUUGAGGAAGAAGUCGCCAAAAUAAACACCUUAAAUCAGCAAAUCCAGGAAGAACUUUGCACAGUUACCAAGCUAAAAGAGAUGGCAGAAGAGGAAAAGGAUGAUUUAGAAGAGAGGCUUAUGAAUCAACUGGCUGAACUUAAUGGGAGCAUUGGGAAUUAUUAUCAGGAUGUUACAGAUGCCCAAAUAAAAAACGAGCAACUAGAAUCAGAAAUGCAGAACCUUAAAAAAUGCAUGAGUGAAUUAGAAGAAGAAAAGCAGCAGCUGGUUAUGGAAAAAACCAAGGUGGAGACAGAAAUCCGAAAAGAGUAUUUAGAGAAAAUACAAGGUGCCCAGAAAGGAGCUGGCAACAGAAGCCACACAAAGGAGCUGCAGGAGCUGUUGAAAGAAAAAGAGCAAGAGGUAAAGCAGCUGCAGAAGGACUGCAUCAGGUACCAGGAGAGGAUCGGUGCUCUGGAGAAGACCGUUAAGGCUCUAGAGUUUAUUCAGACCGAAUCCCAAAAGGAUUUGGACGUGACCAAAGGAAAUCUGGCGAAAGCAGUUGAACACCACAAACAGGCACAAGAGGAACUAUCUAGCUUCAAAGUGCUGCUAGAUGACACCCAAAGCGAAGCCGCGAGAGUGCUAGCAGACAACCUCAGACUGAAAAAGGAACUUCAAUCAAACAAAGAAGCCAUCAAACACCAGAUGAAACAAAAAGAUGAAGACCUGGCACAAAGAUUAGAGCAAGCAGAAGAAAAACACCUGAAAGAGAUGAACAACAUGCAAGAGAAACUGGAUGCUCUCCAUGGAGAAAAGGCCCAUAUAGAAGACACACUUGCAGAAAUCCAGGUCACCCUGGCCAAAAAAGACCAAGAAAUGAAGCAGCUGCGGGAAAACCUGGACAGCACCGUGGCCCAGCUUGCAGCCUUUACUAAGAGCAUGUCAUCCCUCCAGGAUGACCGUGACAGGGUCAUCGAUGAAGCCAAGAAAUGGGAGCAGAAGUUUAGUCAUGUUAUUCAAACCAAAGAGGAGGAGAUCAGAUUGAAAGAGGAUCAGCUUCGACAAAUGAACAUCCAUACAGAGGAACUGAAAAUCAAUAUACAGAGUCUUGAACAUGACAAGGAACUGUGGGAGUCCAAGUUCCAGACAGAGCAACAACAACAACACAAAGUCUGUGCUACCCUUCAGGAGGAAAACAAAGAGCUUAUGUUCCAGCUAGAGGAGACUCGACAACUAUGCCACAAGUCUAUGAAUGAAGUAGCUAAGUUGGAAUCAGAACUUAAGGAUCUCAAAGACCAGUCAAGUGACUUAAAUAACUCUUUAGAAAAAUGCAAAGAACAUAAAGAAAAUUUAGAAAAGAUCAUCAAACAGCAAGAAGCUGAUAUCCAGAAUUUUAAGUUCAGUUAUGAACAACUCGAGACUGAGCUAAAAGCCUCUAGCGAACUGACCAGUAAGUUGCAUGAUGAAAUCCACAUGAAGGAGCAGAAGAUUAUAAGCCUGCUUUCAGGCAAGGAGGAGGCAGUCCAGGCAGCUAUCACUGAGCUGUGCCAACAACACAACAAAGACAUUAAAGAACUAGAAAAUCUAUUGUCCCAGGAGGAAGAAGAAAACAAAAGGGCUGUUGAGAAAACCAAUCAGCUCAUGGAAACACUGGAGAAAAUUAAGAAAGAGAACCUUGAGCAGAAGGCCCAGCUGGGUUCCUUCAUUAAAUCCAUGUCCUCGCUCCAGGAUGACCGAGACCGCAUAAUAAGUGACUAUCAGCAGCUGGAAGACCGACAUCUCUCUGUGAUCUUGGAAAAAGACCAACUGAUCCAAGAAGCUGCUACUGAGAAUAAUAAACUGAAGGAAGAAAUGCGAGGGCUGAGAGGUCAUAUGGAUGAUCUCAAUUCCGAGAACGCCAAGCUAGAUGCUGAGCUGAUCCAGUAUAGGCAAGACCUGAAUGAAGUGAUAGUCAUAAAGGACUGCCAGCAAAAGCAACUACUUGAGGGGCAACUACAACAAAAUAAGGAGUUGAAAAAUGAAUGUGUGCGACUAGAAGAAAAGCUGAAGGAGUCGGAGAAAGCAAGGCAAAACCUGCAGAGGACCUGUGACAGCCUCCAAGGGGCCAAACAAGAUCUGUCUACAGAGAUUGAGAGCUUGAAGGGACAAGUGGCAGCCUUGCAGGAAGAAGGUACUGUAGGUGCCCAACUGAAAGUGAAAGAGGAGGAGGUUUGGAGGUUAAACGUGGCGCUCUCCGCUUCCCAGAAGAGAGCUUCAGACCUGGAAGAGGAGUUAGUUUUUGUUCAGAGGGAAGCUACCAGGAAGGUCAGUGAAAUCGAGGACAGGCUGCAGAAGGAACUGAAGCAUCUCCAUCAUGAUGCAGGGAUAAUGCGAAAUGAGACAGAAACAGCAGAAGAGAGAGUGGCAGAGCUCGCCAGAGAUCUGGUCGUGAUGGAGCAGAAGCUGCUCAUGGUAACCAAAGAGAACAAAGAUCUUACUGCGAAGAUCCAGUCUUUUGGAAGAUCAAUGAGUUCCUUGCAGGACAGCAGAGAUCAUACUACUGAGAAGCUUGGUGACCUGGAGAAGAAGUAUGAGGCCAGUCUGAAGGAGCUAGCACAGCUGAAAGAACACAGGGACUUAAGCAGGGAGAGUGACAUCAUUUCCCAGGCUGCCUUUCCCCUGACCUCCACUGAGAACAGCUGGACCCGUCUUGAGAAACUUAACCAGCAGCUCAUAUCCAAAGAUGAGCAGUUGCUUCACUUAUCUUCACAAUUCCAAGAUUGUCACAACAAAGUGCAGUCCUUGUCCAAGGCCAUGGCCAGUCUACAAAAUGAGAGAGAUCACCUGUGGAGUGAGCUAGAAAAAUUCCAGAAAUCGGAGGAAGGGAAGCAGAGGGCUGCAGCCCCUUCGUCUUCCUCUAGUCCAGCUGAGAUGCAGAGCUUGAAGAAAGCUAUGUCUUCUCUCCAGAAUGACAGAGAUCGAUUACUGAAGGAACUGAAGAAUCUGCAGCAGCAGUACUUACAGAUGAAUCAAGAAGUCACUGACUUACGUCCACUGAAGGCUCAACUUGAGGAAUAUCAAGAGCAGACAAAAACCCUACAGAUGAUGAAGGAGGAACUUAGGCAGGAAAACCUCACCUGGCAGCAAGAGCUACAUCAGCUCAGAAUGGAGAAGAAUGCCUGGGAACUUCAUGAGAGGAAAAUGAAGGAGGAGUACGUUAUGGCCAUCUCAGAUAAAGAUCAGCAGCUCGGUCAUCUGCAGAGUCUCCUGAGGUCUUCCUCCCAAACCCAGAUUCUCUCCACACUGAACCAAAGACAGGUGUCCUCGGAGACAUCAACUUCCCUCGAUGGGUCACAAAACCUCAUCAAUGAGGCAGAACUUCUCAGGACUCAACUCAAUGACAGCUUAAAGGAAAUUCACCAGAAGGAACUAAGAAUUCAGCAGCUGAACAGCCAGCUCUCUCAGCUGAUCGAAGAGAAGAAUAUCCUCUCCAUCCAGCUCAGUGACUCCAACCAGAGUCUGCGUGAAAACCAACACCACUACAGUGACCUCUUCAGGCACUGUGCAGUCCUGGAAAGGCAGGUGCACCAACUGCAGGCUACGGGACCAUCAAAUGUAGAUGUUGCUCCUGGAGCACCCCAGGGAAUGAGUGGAGUUCGCAGAACGAGUGAUCCCAUUGCCACAGUGGAGCCACAGCCAAGUUUGACUGAAACCCAGCAGCAGCUCUGCAGCACUCAACAAGAAGUGAAUGAGUUAAAGAAGCUGCUGGAAGAAGAACGAGACCAAAGAUUGACCACCGAGAACGCACUCUCCCUGGCCGAGGAACAGAUCAGACGGUUGCAAGAGCAUAGUGAAUGGGAUUCAGCCCGGACUCCUAUCAUUGGUGCCUGUGGCGCUCAUGAGUCAGCGGUGUUAAUAGAUCUCCCAGGCAGCAGCUGUCUAAGGACCCGGAGUGGUGCUGGAUGGAAGCGGGUUCUACGUUCACUGUGCCAUUCCCGGACCCGAGUGCCACUGCUUGCAGCCAUCUACUUCCUGAUGAUUCAUGUCCUCCUCAUCCUCUGUUUCACAGGCCAUCUGUAAACGUGUCACGUGACCACAACUCUCAGAACUUUUAAUUUCAUCUAUAAUGACAAUUGCCAGUUUGAAAACAGCCUUCCCACUUUCAACCCAGCCUACAUCUUUGGAAAGUUCCUGUAACAACAGAGGUGGCUAUGAGGACAGGUUGGAGCUGGAAUACCUAGUACAUCCUAUUUUAUGGAUGUGCCUCCAACUUGAUCCUGAGACAGUGCCCAGGGCCAGCAGAAACAUCAGAACUUCUAGCCUCAAGAACACCGAGCAGCGGCACUGUUGUGCAGGCAUAAGUUAUUCCAUCUUCAAUGCCAUUGUCACCUGCCUCUGGGAACAAGACUGAGGUUGAAAGAGAAGGCAAAACACCCAAAUCCAGACCUGAGAGUAGUGGUCAUGAGUGACUUCCACAGUGCCUGUGCGUAUCACCUAAAGAAGAGAGGAUUGGUGGGCUCACUGAUCAGCUUUUUGUCCUAUGGUAAUAAUUUUAGUCACAAUAUCCCAAGGACUUUCCUGAACUAUUGUAAAAUAAUAAAAUUAUUUUCAGAAUGAAGAA